UGUCGAAUUAGUCAUUUUUCGACGUCCGCAAGCUUGAGGAUUUUCUUAGAUUGGCCUUCCGCAAAAAAAAUUAGGGUAUGCUUCCACAAGUGUUCCGCACGCCUUUACGUGCAGUAUGGGAAGUGGCCAACAAAACCACAGAAACACUUUGGUGGCCAUCCCGCGGCGACGGCAAGAAAACGGUCUUGUUCUUCAUUCCCGGGAAUCCCGGUCUGGCCGAAUAUUAUACCCAAUUUUUGCAGGAUAUUCAUGAGCAUUCCGCCCCUUCUUUGGAGAUUUGUGCAGUAUCUCAUUUAGGCCACUCGGUUGGUUCUCACACUGUCGCUUCGUCCCGCGAUGCCGUAUAUACACUGCAAGAACAAAUUGAACACAAGAUCGACUGCUUUGACCAGCUUCGCAAGGAUAAUCCUGGUGGCACACAGUUCAUUCUAAUGGGCCAUUCGGUAGGCGCUUACAUUUGCGCCGAAGUGCUCAAGCAAAGACAACAGCAUGACAUUGUCCGUUUAAUCGCCUUAUUCCCGACUCUGCGAGAAAUUGCAUUGACCCCCAACGGGGUGUUCAUAUCGCGAUUACUAUCCAAAGUGCCUUUGUCUGUGCUUUCAGGCACGGCACACAUGCUGUCAUACAUCUCGUCGCCAAUUCGUGAAUACGUGACAGGCAUGGUGACUGGACAAGAGGGCCAUUGUUUAAAAGUGACAGCACAUCAGCUACUACACCAAUCUGUUGUCAAGAACGCAUUUGCUAUGGCCAACAACGAGAUGGCAUCGAUCAAAGAAUUGGAUCAUGAUUUCUAUACGACUCAUGUGGAUAAAAUGAUCGUUUACUUUUCAAAGGUCGACAAAUGGGCCCCCUUGGAUCAUUAUGAAUACAUGAAAGAAAAAUUCCCAAAUGCUCACAUUCAUCUGUGUGAAGAAGACCUGCCGCAUGCAUUCAUUUUAGAUUCGAAGCAUUCUGCAUACAUGGCACAUAAAGUGAGAGGUUGGAUAGAAGAAAUAUUACAGAAAUCAUAAACAAAAGGCAUCCUUUGUGAUCGCAUACAGAAUCUCCGCGCUGAAUCUUUAAUUGGAAUUGGUUAUCAUCUAACACCGCGAGAUAUAAAAGUCGAGCUCGCGGGACAAAGCCUGCAUGAUCGUUC